AUGAGCAAACCCAAGGUUCUUUUGCUCGGCAAAAUUGAGCACGCCCACUCAACCUGGGCCUCCUUGAGCACUAUCGCCGACAUCGUCACACCCAAGGCCACAACCCGCGCCGCCUUCCAGGAAGAGUGUGCCUCGGGCGCGCUGGACGGUGUGACGGUCGCCUACCGGACCUUUGACAGCAAUGACAUCACGGGCAAGGUGGACGACGAGCUGGUGGCAGCGCUGCCGCGGUCGCUGCGCUUCAUCUGCCACAACGGCGCCGGCUACGACAGCGUCGACGUGGCGGCCUGUACGGCCCGGGGGAUCCGGGUCUCCAACGCCCCGACUGCCGUCGACGACGCCACCGCGGACAUCGGCAUCUGGCUCAUGCUCGGCGCGCUGCGCAACUUGAACCAGUCGCUGCUGAGCCUGCGCCGCCGCGAGUGGAGGGGUCGCGCUGCCGUCCCGGCCCUGGGCCACGACCCCCAGGGCAAGGUCCUCGGUAUUCUCGGCAUGGGGGGCAUCGGCCGCAACAUGGCGAAGAAGGCGCGGGUGUUCGGCAUGCGGAUCAUCUACCACAACCGUACGCGGCUCGGUGAGGACAUUGAGAAGGAGUGUGACGCUGAAUAUCGAGGCUUCGAGGAUCUGCUGAGGGAGAGUGAUGUACUGAGUCUCAACCUCCCGCUGAAUCCUGCAACCCGGCACACGAUCUCCACGCCCCAAUUCGCGCUCAUGAAGCCGGGGGUAGUCAUAGUCAACACGGCCCGUGGUGCUGUCAUGGACGAGGCCGCCCUAGUCACAGCGCUGGAUUCAGGCCACGUCGAGUCCGCAGGCCUGGACGUGUUUGAAAACGAGCCGCAGAUCCAUCCGGGGCUCGUUGCUAACGAGCGGGUGCUUAUCGUUCCGCACAUGGGCACCUGGACCGUUGAGACGCAGACUAAGAUGGAGGAGUGGACCAUCUCGAACGUGCGAAUGGCACUAGAGGAGGGCAAGUUGAGGAGCAUUGUACCAGAGCAGAAGGAUCUCCAGACUUAA